ACCACUGUUAUGAAAUGACUGCUUUGGCUUGUGUGGUUCCUGCUCAUGUCUCCCUGGGUUCUUCUCAGGUUAAACGGCAUCGUUUACAGCUACAGUUUAUGUAGGUUACUGUGUCUACAGAGUUUUUUUUAUUAUUUUUAUAUAUCUUUUGGACACAGUUUUACGCCAUAAAAAAAGGCCAUUAAAGGAGACACAGUAAGAAAGUUCAGAGAGACACCAGAGGGAGUGCAGUUGUGUAAAACAGUAAAUGAAACUACCUGGGUUAUGGCUCUACAAUAAGUUUUAUGAUCCGAGUCACAAAAGUGUUAUAUAAUAAUAAGGGGAAAGAGCAUAAACGCAACAAGAAACGGAAUGAAAUCGCUCACAUUACAUGGCAGGAUAAUUACAUAAUUUUGACUUUAUUGUGAAAAGACUGAGAAGAGGAAAUAGGCUUAAAAAAAAAAAAGUUUGUCAGCAAUCAUAAAUAUUCCCCGGGAACCGAGAAGUGUGAGCCGCCACCGGGGCAGUUUGUUGAGUGGCAAGCAGUUGGCUCGUCAGAGGAGCCGCCAAAAGGUCAACAACAACCUCAAAGGAACCACGGGACGGCGUUUGGCAACCUUUAACAGCUCCUUCAUGUUUUCCUCCUCACCUCUGGACCGCCGGGGUGAACCGACGAAAAGAGUGUCUAUAUUUGUUCUGAGUGGUGUUCGGGGGGAAAAGACGAUUGGAUCAUGGCGACAGAGAGAAGCAGCAAAGCCCUGAAGGUCAAGCAGGAAUGCGGCGAGAACGUGCCCAUCCUGUCGGACAGCGAGCUCAUGUCCCUGUCGGUGCGGGAGCUGAACCUCCACCUGCGCGGCCUCUCCCGCGACGAGAUCCAGAAGCUGAAGCAGCGGCGCCGCACCUUGAAGAACCGGGGCUACGCCGCCAGCUGCAGGGUGAAGCGGGUGUCGCAGCGGGAGGCCCUGGAGCAGCAGAAGAUGGAGCUGCAGAGGGAGGUGGAGAGGCUCGGGGCGGAGAACGCCGGCAUGAGGAAAGAGCUGGAGGGGCUGGGCGCGCGCCUCGCCGCCCUCCAGAGAUUCGCCAGGGGCCUGGAGGCUGGAGGCGGCAGCCUGCUGGCCACGGCCCCGCGCCUCAACACGGCCUCGGUCAUCACCAUCGUCAAGAGUCCGCCGCAGCCUCCAGCUCAGAGAGAACAGGAGCCGUCCUAGAAGGAGCUGCUGGGGGCCGGACUGGGGGUUGGGUCGGGGAGGGGGGGGGUAGACAGCCUGCAAUGCAAACACACACACACCUGCAGGCAAACACAUAGAACACACACACACACACACACACACCCAGGAGAACAGGAAGACUAUAUUAGUAGGAAAAUACUAAGCGCCUCGUUCACGUCAUCAUAUGCAGUAGUAAUUUAGUUUAGUGACAGGAUCCUGUCGCCCGGUAGUCCAGACUCAUCUAGGCCUGGUGGAGGGGUCCGCUGCUCGUCGCUGCUUCAUCACACCGCAGCUUAGUCGACUGAAUUUACUCAAAGUUUAGAUUCAGAACCAUCAGGUUUAAUGUGAACAGGGUGUUGGGCACUGAUGUACUCGUACCACACACACAUGCACAAAACUCUCUCGCUUUCUCCCCCCCCCCGCCCUCCCCCCCCGGAUCCAGACGGGGGCGUAACUGAACUCGGACUGAAGCCAGACCGACCCCGGCAGAGUUACUGUACGUCACCUCCGCCGCUCAGCAGACCCGAGGCCGCGCGGCCGGCGCCCUCUGGCUGAGCUACCUAAAGGCCCGGGCGCGUCUUUUCCGCUUACAUUUAAGGCACGUGACCAACGGCGAAAUGUCAGGGUGGAGCAGGAGUUCGUGUUUCGGCUCUACAACAUUCCUGGCACGGACGUAGUUAGCAAUUACAUGUGUGUCUGCUACCAUGCAAGGAGACGUCCUUAUCCUUUGCGCAGGUGGGGGGUAACGGGUGCUGUGAAGUAGAUCGUCGCUAUUUGAUCUGUUUCCAGAGCGGAGUAAAGCGACCACGCUGACAGCCGCCUCACUGUCCAGAAAAAAGGUUGGGAAUCGCUGCACAAGUCCGUAAAAUUCUUUCAAGCUGUAGAUGUUUUUCUAGUUUGGGGAUCCUUCCGGCCACUACUCCCUACCUGUUCUGUACCGCUUGUGUACACAUCUCUCAGAGCGACGCAGUGCCUUCAAGUGUCUGUAGGAGUUUCAAGAAUGCAGAGCUAAAGAAGGAAAAAGUUAAAAACAGGCUGUAAUGUCUCCCUCUUUCCCGCUCGUAACCACACCUUCUAUUUUCUAAGCUAUAACCCCACAUUACCCGUUUUCCCCGACCUCUACUGUGCAGUAACUCCGCUACAGUCCGCUGCGGCUUCCUUCCUUCACGUGUGGUGAGCUUCCGACGACACACGUUGGUCACUUCGCUCGGGGGGGAGGGCAACAAAAAAAACAUAACAAAAGCGGAGUCGCGUCUGGCAGGAAUUUACGCUCAAGUCGAAAAAUCUUUUGCAUACAUUCCCCGUUUUGUGUUCUUGUUUGUAAUAUUUGUACGUGCCGCUGAGAGACGACAAUGUUGAGUGACAUUUAUCAGAGAUAUAUUCUAUAUUUUAUUUGUAUUUAAAGGUAGAUAUUAUGAAAGACAAGCUAACGAGUGCUGUGAUGUUCUGUAUGUUUUCAAAAAAAAAGUACUUAUGACUAGUCUGAGGAUAUUCUCAUGUCUAAUUGUUGUGUUUGUGUGGCGACGAUGAUUACGAAAUGUUAAUUAUUAGCAGUGUAGAAAUAUGCUCGAAGCCAAUGGCCAUAUUGCUGUAUGAUGAUGAUGAUGAUGAUGAUGAUUUUUUUUGUGUGUGUUUGUUCUUUUUUUUUUGUUUUUGUCAUGUUCGUACUGGCUUGUCAUGGUGGAUCCUUGGAGGGACGUUAUUUUAUUUUUUUUGUUGUUUUUUUUUCUAUGAUGACUCGUUCGUGCGAAAGGUCACUUCUGAAUUGGCGGGAUGUCAAAAGGUUAAAAGAGAAAGGUGGAGAUGAGGAGGAGACAAGAGGGCUGAGGAGGAGCUGGACGAUGGAGAAAGAAAGUAGGAAAGGAGGACUGGGAGAGGAGGUGCAGAGGGGUGGCGCUUUAUUCACUUGAAAACCUCCAUCAGACGUCGGCCUUAGGUUCCACGGAGUUUAGGCCACUGAAUAGUGCUAGCAAUAUUGUGUAUAAGUAGGCUGUGUAACACAUUAAACUGUGUUGGCAAAUAACUCCUAAAGAUACAGGACAUAUAUUUAGCUAUAUAUGAAUAUCAGUGUGGCAGCAUUUAUUCUCAAUAUUUUAACGUCUCACAUCUGUCCAAUUUGUGCUGGAUGUUUUGUAAUACCUGCAAAACAAAAAAUGGUCUUUGUAUUUAUUACCUGUAUUUUUUCUAUUGUGAAAAUUUAAGUACAUUUGUCUAUUUUAUAUAUUAAUUAUAAUAAAUGUUGUACAUAUUGUACAUAA